AUGUGCUCCAAAUUUAUGAAACUGUCUCUACCACUUACAGUAAUCCUCCCCGGAUGUUUUACAUUUUUUAUGAUCCCAGCUGUUGGACACUGUACACAAUUGACGGCUCCAUAUCCGAUGGGAGCCGUAAUGUUCACUUUGGAUCUGAAAGUUGUUCUGGCCCUUCGAAAUCCCUCCUUAAUUGGUUAUAUCCUCUCAAUUCGCCCAAUUUUCAUUGACACAGCUACCGUAUUCGAACCAUGGGCAUUCUAUUACACUCAUCCAAUGUUCAAAAGAUACAAACGAAAAACUACAGUAUCCAGCUCCCCAAUUGCUAUGGUUGUGUCCUCUUCUGGACAUAGUCGAUGA